CAGGCUCAGAAGCCCAAACCUGGAUGUUCCAUCGCUCUGUCACCACUCCGUCCCGAUGUGCCUGCUGCCCAACGUCUCGUCCUAUGGUGCACUCCAUACAAUAUCAAGCAACAAUCUCGAUUCGCAUCGUCUCUGUCAUCCAAGCAUUUAUUCACACUUUUUAGCUGCUUGCUGUCUUCUGUUGAACGAAAAAUGCGCUCCAACUAUGGUGCUGGAUUACUACGCUUUAAUCAAUUCUGCGACUCUCUGCAUAUACCCGAAUCGACUCGCAUGCCCGUUUCAGACUACCUUCUUGCAGCCCUCCUUGCUGAAUGGCAAAGCCGCACUGUGCGCUAUACCGUCGACACCUGGUUGGCAGAUCUCCAUUUCUGGCACACGAUACAUGGUGCACCUUGGCUCGGAGGUGACAUGGUAAAGACUGCAUGUAAAGCCAUCAGUAAAGCUGUACCAGCAAUUUCUCAUCGUCCCAAGCGGCCUCCUGUCACGCUCGAACACAUGCAUGCCUUGCGCAAUGGUCUGGACCUUUCUAACACUUUCGAUGUGGCAGUGUACGCAUGCGCAUGCAUGGCUUUCUGGAGCGUUUGUCAUCUUGGUGAGGUUGUUGUGCCCAGUGCCACUUCAUUCGAUCCUGAGCAACACAUGUCUCGGGAACGGCAGCUCUUAAUUCACCCUCUGCCUGGUGGCUCCCAUUACGCAACCCUGCAUAUACUUUAG